AUGAAUUUGCUUGAAGUUAUUUUUCUAUGCAUAGCGUUGUUUAUCAGUGUACAUUCCACCAGCCCCUUUCCAGAUGUUCCGUCUAAGUAUGUAACUGAUAAAUGCAGAGAAAAAGCUACAGAAUUUCAUAUAUCAAGAGAAAUGAGCCUUCCACUGUCGUACAACAGUGCACAAUUUUGUAUGUAUCAAAAUUUACAGGUAUUGGAAGAUAUAAGAUUACUAGAUUUGGCUUUGACAUCACCACACACUACACGGUCCAUUUGCCGGAUUCAAGUCCACUGGUUUAAUAAUACAGCUAAGACGGUUGAUAUGACAAUACAUGAUACCGAUCUGCGUGGAAACUGUGUUGCGCGGGAGGCCACGGUUAUUGUGAAGGCUCAUGAAGACCAAAGAACCAAGGAACUUUCAGAAUUAGAAAUUCCACGAAAAUUUGGAUCGAAGAGGACAUAUAUACAAAAGGAAGAUGCCCGACUUCUUUUUACGGAUUACAAGGAAUGUUUAAUUUUAAUUACUCCAUUCUUAAGCGGAAGGUCAAGAUUUUGCGAGCUUUUCGUUGCAAGUAAAAAAUCCAACAAUAUGGAUAACACGCAAUGUCACUCAAUUUACCGGAUAUACUGUGGUUAUGGACGGCCCACACGAGGUGUAUGGCCGAACCCCGCCGAAUCCUCAAGCAGUGAACAAUUCUUAUAUGAAUUGAAUUUACUUCGGUUGCUUGUACGCACGCCUCUUUUAAAAGAGGACACCAUCUUCAUGAACGAAUAUCAAAAGAUCCCGGAGGUUUUGUACCGCAUUCCAGAGGCAAACAUGUACGCCUCAACCUACGAGAAAAAAGACCCAAGACUAUGUGGAAUACAAACUCAGAAGACAUUGCCUAUUGAGGCAGAUUUGGAGCUCAAAAUGAUCACUUCUGGCAGGAAUCAAAGUAUAGAAAAAAAAUAUCUACGCUUUUAUUCGGACAUAAAUGCGAUUUCUCCUACCCAAAUCUCUCUUCAGGAUCAAUACGGUCUGCGGCGGGUCUUGGUGUCCAAUUUCAAGAAUUGCUACGUAUUCAAGAAAGUUAACAGCACCGAAAACGGGACUCCUGCUUGUGAGUUCUUUCUUAAGAACAAUACAACUCCCACUACUGACCUGCAGGAAUGCUGGUUUGUAUUCCUCGCGUACUGUGGAUACCCGAAGGCUUUUUACAAGGACACAAGCUGCUACUCUUGA